CGGGAGCACGGUUCAACGGGGUUUCAAUGGGAGUUCAAAGGGCGUGACUUUAAGGGGGGUUCACAAUGCCGCGUAAACAGACGCGCGAACAUGAGCCUGCGCCCGAACAUGUGCAGCAGGAUUAUAGGCACAAAUCUGUUGUGUACCGUUACAUUGUUGUCGGCCUGAAGGUCGACAACAAGGGGGUUAAUAUGCUACGGUGCACCUUCUGCAAUAAGGUGUUUCAGGGAACCCAAUUCUACGCAACGAAACACUUCACCCAGCAGAAUUAUUGCAAGAAGGUGUUCGAUGAUGCAUUGUACCAGAUUGCGCAGAAAUGCACACACCGCUUCGAGGCCGAUCAGGUAGAGAGGGUGCGGCGUUUCGCACACGAGUGUGGUCUCGAUGUCCCGCGGUCAGGUGCGAUGGGUGGCGAGGCGGAGCGUCCUGCACAGGGUGUGGGCGAGGGAGAGGAUACCGAGCAUUAUGCGGAGGGAGGUAUUGCAAGAUAUGGGGAGGGUGCGGGUGCCGCGGAGGAGGACGAGGCAGACAUUGACCUAGAGGUUGGUGUGGCUGAGGGGGAGCGGACACCGAGGGGAGAGGGGGGCGUGCCGAAGUCCGAUCCGAUGGCUCAUCAGAGGGCGGUGGACUGGGAGCGGAAGUGCGGGAAGAAGGUCGUCCCGCCUGAGACGACAUGCACGCCGAGGAAGAGGCUACGGCAACAGAAAAUGACGGACACGUAUGGUGGCGAGUGGAUUGGUGAGUGGAGGAAGGUAUUCUUUCGCUGGGUGUAUUCCAGCGGGAUUACCUUCAAUGCCUUCCGCAACAUGCCGUACCGAGACCUCCAGCAGGUUGCUCUUCGGCAACCUGGUGGAGCACCUCUUCCCGUGCUUCCAUCCCACAGCGAGAUUGCAGACAUGCGAACUGUGGAGAUCCACCGCGAGCAGUUGGCGGAGGAGUUGGAGGAGGUUAGGCAGCCAUUAUGGGUGAGUGGCGCCACGCUCCUCUCUAACGGGAGGAAGUCACGAGAUGGGCGACCGAUCGUGAACUUCCUCGUAGCUGGGUCUCGGGGGGUCGUCAUGUACAUGACGAUCAAUCGAGAGGGGGAGCCGGACGAUGCGGUGCACGUCCUGCAGAGAUGGGUCGCCAUCUUUCAUGAUUUCAGAUUCGGUGGCCCACAGCGGGUCAAUGCUAUUUGCACUGACUCCGCCUCUGCAUACGUGGGGGCUGCGAGGGCUUUGGCCUUGCCAUUUAUGCCCCCUGAGUUGAGGAGGAUCACUUGGCUCCCGUGUUGCGUCCAUGUCUGCAACAAGUUGUUGUCAGACAUUGGCACGAUCUGCACCUCUUUCGUGGAUACGAUCACGCGUGCCCGAGUUCAGGUGGUGUUUUUCAAAACCCACCAGGCCGCUCUCAGCUUCUUUCGGAAGCGGAGCGCGGCGUUGGGCCUCGUGCUUUCAUGCGAGACGCGCUUUGCGUCCGUGUACUCCAUGUUGGAGAGGCUGCUCGCUCUGCAGGAUUGUUUGCAGGGCAUGAUGACAGCGGAGGAUGGUCGGGCUUGGGCUAGGAUCCCGUGGUCCCCCGACGUUCGCGACAUGGCGCGUUGGUACGGGGGAGACGCGCCCGAUUUACAGCAUUGCGCUCUUCGUUUGAUGCACAUGUGGUCCUGCGCCUCUCCAUCGGAGAGGAACUGGGCGGUCCACGAGGGCAUCCAUACGAAGAAGCGUAAUCAGUUGGCCUUCGAGAAGGUCGUUCAUCUUGUUGAGAUCACCGCAAAUGUGCGGUUGAUGGAGUAUAGACGUGCAGGUUGUGGAUACGUCCUCCCUUGGCAGCGAGACGAGGGCAUGCUUGAAGCUCAAGCGGGAUUGGACGUGGAGCCUGUGCGCUCGGGGACGAGGAGUGGGAAGACGGAGGAGGAGAUCAAGGAGCAGGCUGCCCUCAUUGCGCGCGAUCCCAUUGGGUCUUCUGCGCCGCCCCUUGUUGAGUCUGUUUUUUAUGCUCGUGUGACUAUCUUCUGCCCAUACCCCAGGGACGAUGACUCUGCGGACGAGAGGGAGUCGGAAGUAGCGGACGACCCGAUGCUUCCCAUCCCGCGUGAGAUUGAUGAGUUGCACGAGGGGGGCGACGUGCGUGACGAGAGGACGCACACCGCGCGGAGGGCGGAAGACCAGCGAGACAUGGAUAUGAUGGGGGGCGAGGAGUUUUGGGGAUCUUUCGGGGGCACGGAGGAGAGAUCACCCACUGCCGCGCGGGAGGAUACGCGUCCUCGCACGACCUUGCGGGAGGAGACGCCUGCUCCCAUGACUGUGAGUGAGGAGCCGGGUCCUGCCACGACAACGCGGGAGCGGACGACUGUUUCAUCGACCGCGGAGGAGCAGACGCCUGCUCCUACGACCACGCGAGAGCAAACGAUUAUUCCCGCUACGCAGUCCGGACCCUCAUCCCCAUCGCCUCUUUCGCGUCAUUUUAUCCCAGGAUUCCCAGCAUCCGCUCCGCCCGCUCCCGUUCGGCGUGAUGAGCGCCCACCUGCACCGGUUGGGAGGGAGGACUUGGGAUCCUCGUUGCGCAUCGGCGGGCAUGGAUCAUUGUUUAGCGUAGCCCGUCAGCUCCUUUUGCACACGCGUGCAUCGAGCGACUUGGGGGAGAUGGGUGUUCAUAGCGGGGCACCACCGGUGGAGGAGAGGGAGAGACAAGCAGAGGAGCACGGAGCCGCCGGAGCGGGCGGAGUUGAGGGUAUUCGGGGUAUGGAGGAGGAGGUAGCUGGAGUAGUGGGGGGCGUGGUGGAGGUAGAUGAUGGUGCGCACGUCGAGAGAGAGGAGGCCAUGGCGAGGGUUGAUGAUGAUGACGAUGAGGGAGAGGAGGCCAUGACGAGGGACUAUGAGGUAGAGGAGGCUGUGGCAGGGGUAGAGGAGAGCGUGGCAGGGAUAGAUGAUGGUGAUGCCCAGGUUGAGAUGGAGGAGGAUGUGGUGAGGGCAGAUGCUGCUGCGUUGGUUGGGGGAGAGGAGGGUGUGGUAGGGGGGGACGUCGCCCAUGGUAGAGGAGAGGGAGGCGGUGACCUUGACCCGAUCAUCCAGCGUUUCGUCGAUGACGAGAUGGGUCCCGCACUAGCGGGUUUGACCCUGAACACGAGGAGGGCACUGGGGGCGUCGCCAUCAGGACAGAGGGGGGCGUCAGGGCUGGGGAUGGGGGAUUUCAUGGACAUGUCUUUGGGGGAUCCGCCCACCCCUGGUCACGCAGAGAGAGAGGAUGUGGCGCGUGCCCUAGCGGCCACUGGGUACACCACAGAGGAGAUCGAGCAGGCAUUUGCAGGACGCUCCGGGAGAGAGACUGACACGCUUCAGCAGGGUUGCGAGGAGGUAGUAGAGCAGCCACAGGAGGAGCGUGAGGAUGCACCCCCAGCAGAUAUCCCCGGAGGGAGCAGUUUGCUGGUACCGUUAACAGGCUUGCAGAUGACGACGACGAUGCGGCCAGUUCGACCGUGUGUGCAGGGGUCAGGUCCUGGGGAGGAGGCAUUUGUUCAGGUACCACUGGUCAUAGUCGUGGAUUUAGGAUCUGAGGCAGUUCUUCAUACACCGGUUACUGGGCGGCGAGCUCCUCAGGAUACAGCUCGCCCAUUGGAUUUCGCGAAGCUCGCACGGGCUGUUGUGCGUGACGUGACGCGGCGGGAGGACACCGACCCUAGCAGACCACUUAUGCCACCUCCUCCUCCGAGAUCACGUCACAGCGAUUCCCCCUCGACACCAGUCGGUCGGCCCCCCCGUUUACCAUCCACGCCCACCAGACCUAGGGUUCGUGACACGACGGCCGUAGGGAGCCUCCCUCUUGACACGUCGCUAUUCGGGAAGAUGGAUAUCAACCUGGACUCCAUACGUCGGGUCACAGUGCACACUGCACGACAGCAGCCAGGUUUGGGUGGGGCUGACACCGGGAGGGGUGCGCCGAGGGAGGUCAUGGCGGCAGUAUCUCAGCCGCGAGAUGUUCGCGGGGUUGGACAGGCCGGGUGUACCUUGCAGGCCGCUUUGGCAGCCGCAGCACGUGUUGUGCGUGAGCAGACUUCGCACAGGAGCGGAGUCGCUCGUACGAGUUCCGUGCCUCAGAUGAUGCCUACCACGGGGGAUGCCGCGUUGGAGGAGUCUUCUGGAGCCGAGGGGUUGGAGAUGCCGCGCGGUUUUCGUUGUGAGAAGACAGUCGCAGAGGUGACUUAGGUGAGUGCUAGGCUUGUUCGGGUAAGGACGGGGGCUGCCCAUGUGACCGUGGUGGAGGACGAUCCCGAGACGGAGCCUGCACGUGAG